AUGCGUGAGCCCCUGGAUGUGAGCGUGAAGAGAAGCCCGCUCGGGCGUUGUCCGGAUGCGUCUGCAGUUGUAACAUUUCAUCCGGACCCAUCUCAGCUUGGCGGGUCUAACGAUGGAGAGAGUGAUCGUCUUGAAAGCCUCACUGUUCGCCUUUUGGAUGAAGAAUCGUCGCAUCCUUAUCACUCAGCAAUGAAGAUACUGUCUCUGGAUCGCUUCACCUACCCUACCUUGUAUCGCCACACUGGUGUGCCAUACCCGUCGCUCAUUAUGCCUCUGUCAACUAACUCGCUUGCAUAUGUCGGGCUUGCGCGGCCAGAAGGGCUUCAGGUCCUUCUAAGUUUUCACAACGACCCCAUCCAAAAGGCCCUUGUCCAGCUCAUUGGACAAGAGUCGUAUGAUGAACUUGUACAGGCAACGUGCUAUUAUACAGAAGGGGAAUACACAGCUGGAAACGCAUCGCGCAUGCUAGAAAAGCUUUACACCCUGAUGUUUGCAACUAUCAAAAAGCUUUCUGAGUCCUUAGCCAAGUUGUCAGAAGAGAGCAACACACCCAUGCCUCUUGUGACCAAGCUUCUGGCAGAGCUGUCAUCCUUAAAGAGGCCCCUAUUCACUUUUGAGCAAGCUGCUCUGCAGCUCCAGAGUGAAGCUCUCUUCAUUGUUCCCUUUCUGAAUAUAUUGGGAGCUAGCCCCGGAAGUCCCAUUUUGCUGAGCCCGGACACAUUUGUGUGGCUGGGUCCUGGUGACUAUAUGCUGGUAGAGUUUCUAAGCACCAAAUCUCAGAGUAUUGCAGAUGAUUUAUCGCCGUGGGCAUCAGACACAGAGAGGGGUAAGGAGGUGUACGAUUUAGUUUUGCAGAGCAGCCACUUGACAGUCUGUCUUCCCAGGCACUAUGUGUUUGAGCACGAUGGAUAUGUGGGAGAGCUGAAAUACAAGGCAUUGAAUAUGAAUAUUCACGAAUUUGAGGCACUGCACAACGAUGACAAGCUUCUUAGUGGGGUCAGCAUGUUCGAUUCAUAUACCAUAGUUCUAAAGCACGGAGAAAAGACUGUCUUUUCAGCAUGUAUUCAUAUCGUCCCAGUCGGAAAUAAGGCGUACAAUUUUGAAACGAAAGAUUUGGGGCUUCUGGCUACUGCAGAUAUGUACGCUCUUCUUCUGCGAGGAGUGCUUCAGCUCCAUGACGAUCGAGUUAUUGCCCCGUCCUAUUGGAAACUAUCUGGCCUAGCCUCAGAGGACCCUAUCGGACUUACACCACUAGGCUUGGCAACCUAUGGUGCCCUUAGCUGUGUGUUUCUGAUUGUAGACAAUGUUCCGAGCGCUCGUUAG